CAGAAUACACAUAAAAAUUAAUAAUCUCUAACAUAUACUUGAAUCAUUUGUAAAGUGUGUUUUGUUUUUGAAAUUCUACAGAAAACAGAGAAAGCAUGGUCACCGAAGAACAUCUUUCUGACAUGGAACUUGCCUCCAAAGACAUAGUAGUACCCAAGGUUGUAGUGCCUGAGAUCCAGAUAUCAACAGACAACGAGAAGGGAAAUGAGGUUCCUCGCAAAAAUUAUAGGCGCAGGAAGAAGGCACUUUAUGCUGCCCUCCUCAAGCAGAUGGAGUUUUACUUUAGUGACUCCAACUUGGCCAAAGAUAGGUUCCUUGCCGAUCAAGUUAAGGAGUGUCCAGACGUUCCUAUUGAAAUAUUUCUAAAGUGCAACAAAAUAAGGUCUCUUACAACAAAUCCGAGUGAUAUAGCUGGAGCAUUGAAACACUCGAGCAUGCUUCAGGUCUCUAAAAAUGGCACCGCAGUCAGAAGAAUAACUCAAAUAGUGGAGAAAGCCAAUGUCGACGAUUGCACGAUAUAUGUUGAACGAUUGCCACCAAAUACAGACCACGAGUGGUUGCAGAGUCAGUUUUCUAAGUAUGGAAAAGUUAAUUAUGUAUCAAUUCCAAAGUUCCCACAUACCAAUAAAAUCAAGGGUUUUGCUUUUAUUGAGUUUGAUUCUCCCGAGGAAGCUGAGAAAUGUUUAAAGGAUUUCAAAGACAAAGGUUGUACGCUUCCAUCUGAGACACCACCUGAAAAAAUGCUGAGUAUUGCAACUUUUUCAGAGAAAGAGAAUUACGAGAAGAGUAUUUCAAAAGAAGAAACAAAAAGUAUUGAUAAUGAAAAAAUAAAUGAUGAAUCUUUAAAAUCAUAUAGUACCAAAUCUAACAACAAGGAGGUAAAAAAUAACCAACUCAGCGAUAUUGAGAAGCCUGAAACAAAUCAACCAGAGCCUGAUAAUACAGAAGAGAAUGUAGAAAUUGGUAAACAUUCUGAGGAAUGUCUUGAUAAUUUAAGGGUGGUAAAAGAAGAAAAGAAAAGUAAGAAAAAAAAAUAUGAUAUCCAAGACUCUGAUCAGCCAGACGUUACCAAUGCCAAGAAGAAAAGAGUUGAUAAAGAGUCAGAAUCUAAUACAGAAGGAGAAGAAAGAAAAAGAGAGCGGAAAACUGUGCAUGAAAAACAUAAAAGUUCUGGAACCGAGCAUAGAGAUUCUUCAAAGUCAACUAAUAGCAAAGAAAGUGAUAAAGAUUCUGAUGUGUGUCUUUUUGAUUCAUCUAAUGGAGGAGAAGAGAAGCGUUGUAAGAAACGCAAAAAUAGACAUUCCAUUGAAGAAGUAGCUGCUCCAGAUGCAGAGGCACAAAAGAUCGUUGGUGAAAGUGAAAAAAAACAUAAAAAGUUGAAAACAGAAGUUGUAGAAACUGAAUCUGAUGGGCACGAAGUUGAAAAGGUAGUACAUAGCGAAGAUAAUGGAAAAUCAGAAUUAAAGAAGAAAAAGAAACGCAAGAACAAACAUUCUGAUGAAAAAUUAGCUGCCUCUGAUGCAGAGGCACAGCAUAUUACUCAUGGGGGUGGAAAAAAACAUAAAAAGUUGAACACAGAAGAAUCAAAAGUUAUAGAAACUGAAUCUGAUGCGCACGAAGUGGAAAAGGCAGUAUAUGGCGAAGAAACUGAAGAAUCAGAAAUAAAAAAGAAAAAGAAACGUAAAAACAAACAUUCUGAUAAAGAAGUAGUUGUCUCUGAUGCAGAGGAACAGCUUAUUACUGAUGAAAGUGAAAAAAAAAGUAAAAAGUUAAAAACAGAAGAGUCAAAAGCUAUAAAAACUGAAUCUGAUGCACAUGAAGUUAUAAAGGCAGAAAAUGAAGAAGCUGAAGAAUCAGAUGAGAAGAAGAAGAAAAGGAAGAAACGUAAUCGUAAUUAUGAUGAUACUCCUGCAGUUGUAAAAGAACAUUCUCUCAUGGGGAUACAAGUUAUGGCAAAGCGAGACUGGAAGAAAUUGCGAAAUAAGUAUUUGAAUCUUCAAAGAACAAAAAUGAAGCAGCUGAAGCAGCAUCUGUGGAAAGUGAAGUGGAAUCAGUGGGGUGAUAGAGUUAAAGUAGAAAAAAUGGAAACUCACGUGGAAGAAACUGAAAGCGUCAAUCCGGCAUCCAAACUAGAGUUCUCACCAGGUUUGAUAGUAAAGGCUGAAUUAAAUGAGCCAUGUAUUGAUCCAAAAAGUUUUAAGGCUGAACUCAAAAGCACAAAUAACAAUAUUAAAUACGUUGAUAUAAAAAAUGGCUCCAAUGUAGCUUAUAUUAGAUGUGAUUCGGCAGAAGCAGCAACUCUUUUAUCUGAGACAGCUAGUCAAGAUUCAACAAAAAACUUCAAGUUAUUAACAGGUGAAGAAGAAACUUGUUACUGGAAUCAAAUAAAAAGGGAUCGUGAAGACAAAUGCACCAAAAACUUUCGGCAGACUGUAAGGGGACGUAAAAAAUUGUUUAAAAAAGCCGAGAAAGAACUAGGAAAACAUAUUAAAUUUGAUGAUUGAAGUUAUACUUGCUUAAAACAUGUAUGUUAUAUUUUCUGACUCAUCACUAAUAAACAAGGUACUCCAAU